CAGGGGAAAGAGAGAAAGUGGGGGAGGGGGUGCCACACACUUAACCAAAUCUCAGGAGAACUCACUGUCACAAGGACAGUACCAAGCCAUGAGGAAUCAGCCCCCAUGACCCAAACACCUCCCACCAGGCCCAACCUCCAACAUUGGGGAUUACAAUUCAACAUGAGAUUUGGCAGAGACAUAUAUUCAAACUGUUUCAGGUGAUGAGGAACAAAAAGGGAUUUUUAAAACACUUCAAUUCUUUGGAAUUUGAGAAAGUAUAAAGUUAAUUUGAAGAAAUCAUCUCUCAGAUUUGAACCACAAAGUUACCCAUAUAUUCAUUUGAAAUCUUGCCCUCUUAUUUCUACUUUAGUUAAUGAGACACCUCCAAUAGACUAGUAUGCUUUUAAAGCUCAAUACACAUUUAGUUAUUACCUAAAGAAUAGAAAAUUGUGUGUGGUAGAAAUGCUAGUAAUUCCUAGGUGUUUGCCUCUCAAGGAGGCAGUGGGUAACUGAAAUCUUGUUGUGAUGUAGCUGGAUAAUGUGUGAUCUGAGAACUUUGCACUGUUUACUGCAGAGUGGGUCUAGAAUAUUCCUAUAAAUAUAUUAACAUAGUGAGCAGUGCUGGAGCACUCAUUAGACAAUCACCACUCCUGUGUCCCUGAUGUGAUCUGUCAUGGAGCCCACCAGGUGGAUUCAUAAACACGCUUGUCUUACCACCAUGGGAAGUAGAUUUGGAUCUACUCAGAGUCAUGAUGUUGAAUGGCCCUUAUGAACUUUCAAGCACCUAAGAAUGCAGAGACCUUUGGUCUCUAAAACUUUGAACUUAAGCAUUUUGGAGAGAGAUUUGCCUCUUUCUUCAUGAUGUUUGUGUUGUCAUUAGGAGAAACAAUGAGAAGUGAUUUUUCAUGAUGACUGCCUUAGCCUUGAGGCUCAGCCAGCCCCCUCUAAAGGCCACUCCCUGCUGUAUAUUCUCAACAGAUUUUCUCAUUUACCCCUCAGAACUGCUCUGUAAGGAUGGUAUGGUCAAUCCCAUUUCACAGUUAAUCAAGCUCAGACUCACAGAGCCUAAAUCACUUUUCCAAAAAAAUAGGCCCAGCACCACCUCUGCACGCAACCCCGUGGGCCUGGCUCAGGAGGGGGCCGGGGCCAGCACGAUGAGCGCCCCAGGCAGCCCCGACCAGGCCUAUGACUUCCUGCUCAAGUUCCUGCUGGUGGGUGACAGCGACGUGGGCAAGGGCGAGAUCCUGGAGAGCCUGCAGGACGGUGCAGCCGAGUCCCCGUACAGCUACCUAGGGGGGAUCGACUACAAGACGACCACCAUCCUGCUGGACGGCCAGCGGGUGAAGCUGAAGCUCUGGGAUACAUCGGGGCAGGGAAGAUUUUGUACCAUAUUCCGCUCGUAUUCUCGUGGUGCCCAAGGAGUGAUCCUGGUGUACGACAUUGCAAACCGCUGGUCCUUCGAGGGUAUGGAUCGAUGGAUUAAGAAGAUUGAUGAGCAUGCCCCUGGUGUCCCUAAAAUCCUGGUGGGGAAUCGCCUACAUCUGGCAUUCAAGAGGCAGGUGCCCAGGGAGCAGGCCCAGGCCUACGCCGAGCGCCUGGGCGUGACCUUCUUUGAGGUCAGCCCCCUGUGCAAUUUCAACAUCAUAGAGUCUUUCACGGAGCUGGCCAGGAUCGUGCUGCUGCGGCACAGGUUGAACUGGCUCGGGAGGCCGAGCAAGGUACUGAGCUUGCAAGACCUCUGCUGCCGCGCCAUCGUGUCCUGCACGCCCGUGCACCUGGUGGACAAGCUCCCGCUCCCCAUUGCCUUAAGAAGCCACCUCAAGUCCUUCUCCAUGGCCAAGGGCCUGAAUGCCAGGAUGAUGCGUGGCCUCUCCUACUCCCUCACGGCGAGCUCCACUCACAAUAGGAGCAGCCUCUGCAAAAUGAAGAUCGUCUGCCCACCCCGGAGUCCACCCAAAAACUGCACCAGAAACAGCUGCAAAAUUUCUUAAGAAAGGCACCAAAAGGAAGCAAGUUGGAAUCGCUCCAGGAAAAGCUCUGAAUGGUUACACCUGGAAGAGGAAAGAUGCAUUCAAGAUUCAAGAAAUAGGUUUUCAGUUUCUCAUGGGAACGAUGCUGCUUGGCAAUGUGUGUGAUGCCUUCCAUUAAUAACAGCACGUUAUGCAGUUGGACUUUGAAUUUCUACGUGGAUGUGCAUGUGUUUCUAAAGGGAAAAUUAGUACUCUGCUCAACUCUUGUUAACAUGAAAUUUUUAAUGUUAUUUAUAUCAUAAUCACACUGCAACUUUUUCCGAAAAAUAACCGCUUUUGUAAGAAUGUUGAUAUGGCAACGAUGAGUAUAAAUUCAAGGGAAUUUGAGAAGUAAUGAUAGUGAGAUAAUUCAGAGUCAUCAAUAUUACAAGAGGGGCCUUUUUGUAAACCUUUUAAAUGUCAAAGCACCAAUUUAUAAAACACUGCAGAUGCACAUAGAGAUUAUACAUAACAGAUCUGUCCAGCUUGUGCAUGAAAUGGAUUUGAUAAAGUUUUUGCUAUGUUAUUUUACUACAUUUGGGGAUUAAUAAGUGAUUUAUAUGUAUGUUUUUCUGUAAAUCUACUUUUUUGUACAAGAUAUUCCACAAGAUAUGAAGCUAAGGGAAGAAAACACCAAAGAUAUCUCUAGUUACGUUGAACAUAGCCAACGUGGUUUUAAUGGAUCAGUAAGAAAAAAGCCAUUUCAGUAAGGAAUGAAAUGUUAAGAAAUGUUAAUGAAAUGUUAUUUAAGAAAAUGUUUCUUAACAGUAAAAAGGCAUAUAUUUUUCUUUUUUGGUAAAACAAAAAGAAAAAGAAAAAUAUGUAUAAUGUAACCCUGCAAGAUGAGGCUUUGCAGAAAAACAAUGUGAUAGAACACGGGCAGGGAGGCCCAUUAUAAGGCUUUAGGUAAGUCAUUUCUAAAUGUGCUGGCCAGUUUUGGUUAACACCUCACAGAUCAAUGUAGAGGUUAAUGAGAUCCCAUCCGGGAAAGCACGUCUGAGACCUUAGAUGGGAAGGAAGGGAAAGUGAUUUCCAUGUAAUUACUUUUCAAUUUACACUGUGGAUUAUUAUAAUAAUCAAUAUUGGAUGAACUGAGUAAAUAUAAGUCCUUGCACUCCUUUGUAA